ACGCAAUAUUACCAAUCUAUUUAGAGAAUCUGAUAUCAAUAGGGGUAAUACCGGUAUUAGACUUUUAUUAAAUCGAAUAGUUGAUGUGUACAAGACAACAUUUGUAAAACCGUAACCGUCUUCAAUAUAAAACCGUAACCGUCUUCAAUAUAAAACUGUAACCGUCUUCAAUAUAAAACUGUAACCGUCUUCGUGUGUGUGUGUAGAGAAAGAGAGAGUUGAAUGAAAAAUACUGUUUUUUCUUCAAAAAACACGAAGCAGUCUCAAUAACAAACACAGCUGAUUCGCUACAGUAGAUGGAGGUGAGUUUAAUUAAGUACGUUGGCUCCAUAGUGAGAACAUGCACGGAGUAGCAGCUCGCCAAUCAUUAACGAUAUUGUCAAGUACGUAGUUCUAAUCGGGGGGAGGGGGGUGGGGGCUCUUCUUUUUUAACGUUCUAUUCCGUAAUUUAUACCAUGUAUCUGAAUUUUAAUCAAUAAAUAUAAAUAGAAAAAAAUUUAAAAAAACCUUUAUCUAUAUAUAUUAUAUAGAUAGAUAAGAGUGUUUUCUACUUGUAUCUAUUUACUGAUUAACAUUCAGAGAUACCUGUGUUUAUACAUGCGAAGUAAAAUAUAUUGGAUGACUGUCUGUUUUUUGUAGUAGUAUUGAAUGGUAAGAAUGUGAGUUUGAACUAAUGAAUUGCUGAACCCAUGUAGUGAAUGAGGACACUCCCUCCAUUGGACAGCAUCGUUGGAUACCCACGACUGAACUCGUCUGAGUAGAAGACGAAAUCAGCUGUAGGUAUCCGACGAUGAGUUGACAGAUGAGCGUAGAACACUUAGAUUAAGCUAGCUUACAAUUAGUUACAGCCCUAGGUAAAGAUUUAAUCCAUGAGCAAGGUAUGGACAUUCCGUGUAAAUUUAUGAGCUAUUCAUUUCUAUAUUUCAUGAUUUAUUGAUUUCCAAGCACAUCGUAUUCCAUAAUUCAUAGCUAGGAAUGACCGGUGUUAGUAACGAACAUUCACUCAGGCCACCAAUAAAAGACGCAACGAUGUUGAAUGUUUGGAGUUGUAUUUUGAUAUUUUUACUGCAGAGCUGUUCAACUAGGACUGGGACGUUUUUUGAUGUUCGAAGGCUUUUUCAAGAAAAAUUGAAAGUAAAUGCAGACCGAGCUGACCUAAGACCCGCUUAUAAUCAGUCCACCCUGAUUCAAACACAUGUUUAUUUACUUAUUCAAAACUUUGAAAUUCUCGAUAUUGAAAACAAGCUGGAGAUAAACACUUUGUUCUAUGUAUCCUGGAUAGACGACACCGCUAGUUGGGACUACCUCCAAUACCCAGUCCCGUAUUUCUACAUCAAGAAGCAGGAAUUUUCUGUUUGGACACCAACACUCAUGCUGAAGAAUUCAAUAGGACACAAAUCAUACAUAGGGAGUUUAUCACACGUGCUGGGACAAUUCUUUGAAAAUUAUGGAAUGGUAUUUAUGUUUGGAAAACAACUGUUUAAAUCUCACUGUGACAUUGAUAUGACGUACUUCCCUUAUGACACUCAAGAGUGCUCGUUUGAAAUUACCAGUAAACCCGGGGAAGUCGUCUUUUCUACUGGUGUCUGUGACAUGGUUAACUCCAAUACACUAUGGUCAGUCCUGGAGGUCAAUUCACAUUAUUCAAAUUCAUCCAUAACGUGUUCGAUUAAAGCCAAAAGGAAACCCACCUUUCUUAUAAUGAACCUCAUUAUACCAACCGUUCUGAUCGGAUUCCUGAACGUGUUUGUUUUCAUUGUCCCGGCAAAUGCAGGAGAGAAGCUGCAAUAUUCCGUAAGCAUUCUCCUUUCUUUCAAUGUGUACUUGGGAAUUCUUGUGGACAACGUGCCAGCGAACUCGGAGAAUAUGUCUCUGUUGAGUUACUACAUCAUUUAUCAAUAUGGAUUUGGUGUUCUGGCCAUACUCUGUACGGCGAUUUUACUCCGAACAGUUCACAGUAACGAGAGCAAAGAAAUACCCAAACAUUUCAUUGAAAUGGUGAAAAUCGUACGAAUUCUGAUCUGUAAGAGAAGAUGUAACCGACCACUUCAGGGUGAGGACGGGGGUUCGAAUCCUAACGGAAGCACCCCAGAAAUUGACCGCCCGGUCACGUGGAAGUCCGUUUGCGGAGCUUUUGACUUCGUGCUUUUUUGGCUGUUUCUGUUUUUUCAGAUCGUUGGCAAUUUGUACUUUUUUCUGUCGUUGCAAUGAAUAUAAGCAGUGAUGUUGUCGAAAAACGAAAUAUUGCAUGAUGUGGGGGUGAUUUUUGGAAUAAAAUGAGAGCAACCAUU